AGAAAAAAAAAGCGUAGCGAACCAGCCAUUGUUCGCAGCCGGCGUAGUCGCCAAGCGAACUACACAGUUCAGCAGCACCAGAACGCAGCCGCUCAGAUCCAUGAGAGCUGUGGUUCAGAGAGUCGCCUCUGCAAGCGUCGAGGUCGAUGGGCGCACCGUUUCGGAGAUCGGGCCGGGCCUUCUCGUGCUCGUCGGCGUUCAUGACUCCGACACCGAUUCCGACGCCGAAUACAUAUGCCGUAAGGUCCUGAAUAUGAGAUUGUUCCCAAAUGAGAGUACCUCCAAGGCUUGGGACUUGAAUGUAAUGCAGAAGAACUACGAGGUUCUACUAGUUAGUCAGUUUACACUCUAUGGAAUAUUGAAGGGCAAUAAGCCGGACUUUCAUGUGGCAAUGCCUCCACAAACUGCUAAGCCCUUCUAUGCUUCUGUAGUUGAGAGGUUUGGAAAAUCCUACAAACCAGAUGCCAUUAAAGAUGGAGUGUUUGGAGCAAAGAUGAAGGUCAAUUUGGUGAAUGAUGGGCCUGUCACAAUGCAGAUUGACUCCAAACCCUCCAAGUAAGGUAAUCAACUAACUUAGGAGCUUGCUUGCCUGCUGCAGGGUGUUAGGGAGGUAGUAAUAUGACAGUGAUUUUCAUUAACUUUCAUUUCUGUAAUACAGUUGAAUGAACAUUUACUCCAAGUUACAACCAUGUUAAGUAUAGCAUCAAAAAAACUACUAGAUUAUUCCUUGGAAA